AUGGCGGUGGUCCUCGCGUGGCUCAACGCCAGGGUCGUCGAUCCCCUGCUGCAGGGCGCGGAGCCGAAGCAGCUGGCCUUCUCCGCCGCACUCGGCGUCACCAUCGGGGUCUUCCCCAUCUGCGAUCGACUACCCUACUCGAUAAGUAUUCUGCUCGAGUCGGCAAUCAGAAACUGCGACGAGUUCCAGGUCACGGGGAAGGACGUUGAGAAGAUCCUAGACUGGGAGAACAGUGCCACCAAGCAAGUCGAAAUCCCGUUCAAGCCAGCCCGUGUCCUCCUCAAGGAUUUCACUGGUGUCCCAGCAGUUGUUGAUCUUGCUUGUAUGAGGGAUGCUAUGAGCAAACUUGGGAGUGACCCGAACAAAAUUAAUCCUCUGGUGAGUUCAUAGACCAGUGGU